AUGGGCUUCGGCUUCGACAACUCCAGGUCCUCUUGCAUCCCGUCCGAGAAACAGUCUGCUGGUACCGGUACGGGCUCUGCGGGUAUCAUCAUCGGUUGUCUGGUUGCUCCUUGGCUUUGCUCGAACCUGGGCCGUAAGCCGACGCUGUUAGUGAUGGCGGCCAUGUUGACCGUGGGUGUUGUUCUCGAGGCGUUUACUGUUACGUCCUUCUGGCAGCUGGUGGUCGGUCGCAUUGUGGCCUACUCUGGUAUUGGUCUCGCCUCCAAUGUGGUUCCUAUGUACCAGUCGGAGUGUGCGCCUGCAAAGAUUAGAGGUGCAUUCUUGACUGCAUACUCGUUCUGGAACACUUUCGGGUCCUUCCUGGGUACCCUCGUUGUUUAUCUAUGCCAGAACUUGACCAGCGAGUGGGCUUAUCUCACCGUCAUUCCCUGUCAACUCAUGGUUCCCUUGGGAAUCGCCUGCUCAUACCCCUUCCUGCCAGAGACACCGCGUUUCCUAGUUUACCAAGGGCGGUUUGAAGAGGUCGAAGCAGCCAUCAAAGACCUCUACGGACCCAACUACAAUGAUGUCAUCCUCAUUGCAUGUGGACUGGUCGCCAACGUCAUCUCCUUCUACACUUUUGACGGAAUUGGUCGACACACCGACAUGUUUUUGGGUGCUUUCAUCAUGGGAGCUAUGAUGUUGGGUGUGGGUGGUACCACUGCGAAUGGUCACUCCGUUCUCUCCCCAAUGACCCAAAACGGCUGCGUUGCCAUGCUGGUCUUGUGGUACUUCUUCUACGGUCUGUCGUGGGGUCCUGGCGUGUGGAUUCUCGGUGGAGAGAUCGGAACUGGUCAGUUGCGUGAGCACACUCUACUCCUGUCGUCACUGGGUAGUUUUGUUACCUCCGUCCCGAUCAACUUUGUCAAUCCUUACGUGCAGGCUGCGAUUGGAGAUCGUACCGCGAUCAUCUAUGGCGGUUUCUCUGUGGCUGCGACGGUGUUUGUGUACUUUUCCCUGCCUGAGACUAAGGAUCGCUCGCUGGAGGAGCUUGAUGAGAAGUUCCAGCAGAGGAUUCCCACACGCGAGUUUAAGGGCUAUGUGUGUACUGGUUUGGGUGCUCAGAUUCAGCACCUUGAAGACAAGGAGGAUGUGGCUGAAAAGAAGAAUAAGGAGAUUGAGUAUGUGGAGGCUGCUAUCUGA